AUGUGUGAAAAUGUCCGUGGAUUGGGUGAAGCCUUGGCAGAGAAAUGGGGUCCAUCCGUACAUAAAGAAUAGCCGAAAAUAUUACCCUCAUUUUAAGAAUUGCAUUGGGGCAAUUGAUGGAACACAUAUCAAAGCUCAUGUGGAAGCAGAAUACUUACCCCGUUUCAUAGGUAGGAAGGGAUAUGCUACACAAAACAUAUUGGCAGUGUGUGACUUUGACAUAUGUUUCACAUUUGCUUGCCUGGUUGGGAGGGAAGUACACAUGACACGUGAAUUUUUUGGGAUACAAUUAGGAAUCCAAACAAUAAUUUUCCAUAUCCAGAAGGAGAUGAGUAUUAUUUGGUUGAUUCUGGCUAUCCAAACACAAAGGGAUGAGCUAUGUGCAGAAUGA